GUAGACGAAUAAGAUACUGAUUUAUUUAUUGUAUAAAAAAACUUUCAUCUUAACGAAAUCUGUAAUCAUUGAAAGUUGUCAGUUACAAAAAAAAAAAUGUGUAAUUUAAAACUUUGUGUUUACGUUCUUUAAAUCUAAAUCUCAAAUUUCUUCCUCUUUAUGGAGAUCUUUUAAUAGAACAAAUAUUGUAUAAUUGACAGGAAAUUAAUUUAUUUAAUAUGGAAGAACAAUCCUUUCAUGAAAAAGAAGGAUUGACUGACAGUUCCAAUGUCAGUCGUUUGUCUGAAUCAAGACCAAAAUUUAAGCCUGUAUUAGUGAAGAAACUGUUGGCAGAUGUAAGUGAUGAUGACAGCGAUGAUCAAAUUCCAAAUUCUGACAAUUCAGAUGAAGACUGUGAUGAUUUUGACAGUUUUCAACCAUUACCUGAUGAGAGCAGCAACGAAGUGAAUUCUAAAACAUUAUUAAGUAAUACAAAUAUUAAAAUAAAUAUUGCUACACAAAAUGAAGGAGUUUCUGCCGUUGAUGGCACUACGAUAUCAGUUAAAUAUGAUAAUAAUAAAGUUAUUGAAAAUAUUGAUUUGGAACUUAAACAAAAAUCAAUUCUGAAUUCUUACAGAAAUGAUUCUUUGCAAAAAAAUGAAUAUUCAAAUAAAAAAACUGAUGAAGAAAAAUUAUGUUUAGAUAAACUUACUAAGCAUAAAAGUGGUAAAAAUUUAACUGAUCAAGAUAGCUUACAUCAGUUACAGUGGCAGUCAAAGUGUACUGGAAUUUUAAAUAAGAGAAAAUCAUUACCAGUGAAAGGCCAGAGCGAGUCAAAUAUAAAACUAAAAUCGUACUCUCCCGAUAUAAAAUCUUCUUUUUAUGUUACCAAUCAAGUAAAUGACGUUAAAGAUAAAUCUAUGCAGUAUUUUGAAUCCUUCAAUGAUAUAAAGGAUAAUGAAUACUUUUCCACAAGCCAGAAUAAAUCACAUAUUAUUAAUAAAGAAAACGAUGAUAAAGCUUUGGCAUCAUCGAUAAUGCAAACGGAUCAAGGAAAUAAUGUUAUAUCUAAUAAUUCUAAUUCGAUAUCCAAUACAACUAUCAGUGUAAUUGAUACACCAAUGAAACAACCACAUAGUUCAGUAAGACCAAAUCCAUGUCACUCUCAUAGAAACAUUUUUCAAACUCCUCAAAAUAAGAUUGGUAAUGACUAUGCCAAAAAUCCAAUACAAACUCCAGCUACCAUAUUUUCACUUUGGUCUCAGCAACAUAUGACUCAAACCCCAAUGCAAAACAAAGCUUCCGUGACACGGGAAACUGUUCAAACUCCUGUAACAAAUAUUUCAGGACAGUCGCAAAGUAUUAGACACGAAACACCAAGGUAUUUUAGCGAUGGUAAAAGUGUUCGAAGACCAUUAGCAGAAACAGUGUAUUCCGGUUCGGUUCACGGACCUCAACUUCCAAAAUUACAAGAAGUCCCGAAUGAAUCUCAUUCAAAUCUUACGGUGACAAAAGAUAAUGUAAAUUUAGUAACUUCGGAAUGCGCGUCAGAAAUGAAACCUUUAUACAGUUCGUGUAAUUUAUCGCACGCGUCUAAUGAAUCUAAAGAAAAUUGGAAUCCAAAUAUGCACGAUGCUGCAAAAGGCGAUAAACAUUCUUUAAAUUCACAUAUUGACAAUAAAUCACAUGUAGAGUAUCAUAAUAAUGCUUAUCAUAAAAAUAUGCAAGCUUCGAGAUCAGCAGAAAAUUAUGAAAAUUAUCAAGCUAGAGAAAAUAAAAGUGUACAUCCACAAUCUGAACAAAUAUCAACAAUUCAGUGCUCGGUGUCACAAAAGCCUAAUGUAUGGAAUACAAGACAGAAUAAAAUGAUUACAGUGAUAGAUCAACAAUAUUUAGUAUUGGGUGUCAUUGGUCAAGGAAUGAGUUGCGAAGUUGUUAGAGCACAAAAUUUAUCUACUUCAGAAUUGCGAGCCAUCAAAUGUGUUAAUCUCAGUAAAAUGGAUAAAGAUUCAGCACAAGGGUGCUUACAAGAAAUUUGUAUGCUUGAAAAGUUAAAAGCACCAUGUAUCGUUCACAUGUACGAUUUUGAAAUUAAACAGCCAUGGGUUCAUGUUGUAAUGGAAAUAGGAGAUACAGACUUAAGUCGUUUAUUGAAAUCAAUGUUACAUGAAAAGAAGCAAUUACCUUUAUCAAUGAUACUUUAUUAUUGGACUGAAAUGCUAACAGCGGUAAAACAUAUACACGAUAAUGGAGUCAUCCAUUCGGAUUUAAAACCAGCCAAUUUUUUAUUGGUAAGGGGCAGAUUAAAAUUAAUAGAUUUUGGUAUUGCAUCAAAUAUAAAUUCUGAUAUGACAUCUGUAGUAAAAAAUUGUCCAAUUGGUACGAUAAAUUAUAUUAGUCCUGAAGCAUUAAUGGAUAUAAAUGCUGGUGUUAACGAUUCUCCCAAUCAUAAUGUAAAAUUUAAAAUAAGUUAUAAAUCGGAUGUGUGGUCAUUGGGCUGCAUUUUAUAUGGACUAGUCUAUGGUGUUACACCGUUCAAUCAUAUUCGUCAGCAGUGGGCAAAGAUAAGUGCUAUUACGGAUCCAAAACACAAGAUAAAUUUUCCUUUGAGGACUGGAUCAGAGCCUGUGCCGUCAAUUUUGAUUGACGUGAUGCGUAAAUGUCUUCAGCGUAAUCCUAAAGUCAGACCUACGGUGGCCGAUCUUUUAAAGAUUCCUUACCUGCAGACUAACAUAGGUCCUAGUAUUCCCGAUAUUCCCUCAAAUAUAUUGAUAAAGAUAAAGCACGCGCUAUCUGAAGACGAAUGGCAACAACUUACCGAGGUUAGUACAGCUAAGUAAAGCUUUCCUUUUACGUAACGUC